AUGCAUUUGAUGUACACUUUAGACAACGAAGGUAAGAGAGUUUACACUUUAAAGAAAAUUGCCGAAGAUGGUGAAAUUACUAAGUCUGCUCAUCCUGCUAGAUUCUCCCCAGAUGACAAGUAUUCUAGACAAAGAGUUACUCUAAAGAAGAGAUUCAACAUCCUGCCUGGUCAAAAUUAA